UGUUGUUUACCUUGUAGAGAUAGAAAGAGUCGCUUGGCGGAGAUUUGCUCGACAUGCAAGAGGAGGAUAACUAUUGGCGUGUGACAGGCAGCAACAUCUGCAGCUCAUCGCAAUAAAAGGAUGAGCACUCCAGCUCUGCUGCACUGACUAGCGACAUGCGCUGAAGACAACCCAGCAGCCAUCAUGAAAGGGUUAGGAGCCAACCGCAGUCGACAUCUCUCUGACUCGUGUGAGCCGGCAGGGUGCCCGCAGAAACCUCUCUGCCCUUUGACCUCUGACCCUCACUGCUCCUUUAUGUUGAGCCCAACCAUAAACCACUAUGGGACCCUGGAUCCUCACCUCCACCAGUAUCCUCCAACUAGCCCGACCACCUUGGCUUCAGACUGCCUGCUGCCUUUCAACCAGAUGUCCAAUAGUGGCACCUUCCCUCGUCUGAGCUUCAUCCCGCAGACAGAGCAGUCGGACUGUCCCCAGGGCUGUGCUGGAGGCGGGCAGGGCAGCCGGGCAGGUACGCUCUCCACUUCUUUAUCGCUGGGUAUGGGCCUCGGCUUGGGUCUCACCGGUGCUCCCAUGAUCACGAGCGGAUCGGCCACCAUCUCCUCUGCUGCGGCGGCCAAAAUGAAUCGAUUACCAUCCAACAUCUUGGAUCAACUCGAAAGGCAUCUGCCACAGCAGCGGGACGGAUUCAGCACUUUGCAGUUUCACAGAGGACGCAUGUCCAAACAACGUAGCGAGAGUCCAGGACGGAUACGCCACCUGAUGCAUUCUGUGCAGAAGCUCUUUGCCAAAUCUCAAUCCCUGGAAAACUCUUCGGUUAAAGGAAACGCAAUCACCGGAGCCAGCGAGGACGGUGGUCGAGCGACCCACAGGAGCAAGAGUAAAGAUAGGGCUAAGACUGAAGGAUCAAAGCAGAAAUCAAGGCCAAAUGCAUUAGGCCUGUGGAGCUCCGACAACGCUCUUGACAGCGAUACGAGCAAAGCUGGCACCAUUGCUGUCGGGUACCGAAACCCCUUGUGCAUGAUGACACUCGGUCGAGCAGUAUCGGACAGCCAGGCCCACCCGAGACAUAUCCCACAUGGCUACAACACCAUUUCUGCACAUUCUCUCAAGUCGUCGAAAAGCAGCAGUGACCUCAAGCUCCUGGGCUGUCCGGUAUCACAAGUUGGAUCAAAGGAAGCGGAGGAACGAGCUCGAAGCAAAGAUGAUACAUCGGUGAAGAGGGGAUCCUGGUCUAAUCUCACCCUCAAUCAGGCCCGGCAAGUGUUGCAGAAAGGCUCCGCUACAGUGAACAGGACACUUUUAAAAACAAAGUCGUGUCACCAAGAUUUGGCUAACCAGUUCCUUCAGGUAGGAGUACCAGUUCCUCUUGGGGACUGGUCUUGCACUUUAGGACCCGGCCGGGCAAAGGGAACAGAAAUCCCGUGUCGGAGGAUGCGCAGUGGCAGCUACGUAAAAGCAAUGGGAGACACGGAGGACAGCGAUGAGUCAGAGGGUAGCCCCAAACCUUCACCCAAAUCUGCAGCUCGUCGCCAGAGCUAUCUGAAGGCCACUCAGCAGUCCUUCAGUGAACAACAGCCUCCUCCACCUGCACGCAACUCUCUGCCCUCUCUAAAAGAGCUGUCCACAAAUCGGAGCCUGGACAACUUAGACUGCCUGGUGAGCCCACUCGAGACAUCGCCGGGACAUAAAGAUUUCAGCUAUUAUCCCGCUACUUUGGCCAGAGGACCCUCCGCUCAGCGUGUGAAUCUGCACACGAUCUUUCAGGUAUGCGGGCGUGGCUUUGGGCACUCCGUUCCGCACUGUGAGGGGGAAUCACAGGCAGUAGACGCCUUGGACCUUCCUGCACCUAGCUGCUUCAGGUCAAGAAGUCACAGCUAUCUGAGGGCCAUCCAGGCUGGUUGCUCCCAGGAUGAAGAUACGACCUCUGUAGACUCCGACUCACCACCGCCCACCGCCAAAAGCUACAACUCAAACACCAUCAACAAUAGGAAAGCUCCACCUCCAGUCCCACCCCGCACCACCUCCAAGCCUCUCAUCUCAGUGACACUUCAGAGCAGCACAGAGUCGGCCCAAGACACAUACCUUGAGCAACAAGACCACGUCAGUGAAGCCAUCAGCCAAUCCGAACGCAGCAAUUCCUCCGAGAGUCUCUGUAGCAUCCUCACUAGCGAUCUGGUUAAGAGGAAGCAGGCUCCUACUUCUGAGCCUGCUGCUGCCGCCCCUGCACCCACCGCAGCCUCUGUGGCCCCGGUUCCAGCUCCUCGUGACCUUCCACCCACCACCUCUUCCACUGCUUCAACAUUUAUUCAGCCCCAAAAUGACACCCUGAGCCUCUGCGUCACUUUGGAGCAGCUCCCCACUGCACCCAAGCGAAAGCUAUCUUCUAUUGGAAUUCAGGUGGAUUGCCUUCAACCUGUUCCAAGAGAGGAAAUCUUAGCCUUGACCGCCCCCCUAAAAUUCCAGUCGAUUGGAGUUCAAGUGGAGAACGGCAGGCCCCUUAGCCGGGACAGCAGCAUGGCCUCCAGACAAAACACAGAGACUGAGCCUCAGGAGCACCACGAAGUCGCACCCUCCGAAAGCAGCAUAGCCAACGGCACCGGCCCCAAAACCACAAAUUGCAAUGCAAAGGACAAAGCCACGGAACAGACGUCUUUUAAACAAAGCUCAGUUCCAUCCCAAACGUCCGCCCCACCCUCUCUGACGCUGGACCCGGCUUUGGAUCCUUCGUCACUGCCGCCACCAGAUGCUAGCUUGGCGAGCGGAAACUGCAACGCCCAAGGAGACACGGCACAAGGCGGCACGCCGGCUUGUCUCCGAGACGGGAACUGGUUCCUGAAGCUGCUGCAGGCGGAAACGGGUCGCAUGGAGGGCUGGUGUCAACAAAUGGAGCAGGAGACCAAAGACAACAAGCUGUCAGAGGAAGUAUUGGGGACGAUCCGCAGCGCAGUCGGCAGUGCCCAGCUCCUCAUAUCACAAAAGUUUGAGCAAUUCAGGGGACUAUGUAAUGAAAAUCUGAACGUGAAUGCCAACCCACGGCCAACGGCGCAGGACCUCGCCGGGUUCUGGGAUCUACUGCAGCUCUCAAUAGAAGACAUCAGUCUGAAAUUUGAUGACCUCUACCAAUUGAAAACCAACAACUGGCAACUUCCUGAGAAAUCAGAGGUUGAAAACAAGCGGCUCCCAGCAUUCGUGCCAAAGAAGCAAUCGAAGCUCAGGCUGUCGGCCGGCAAGGACAGAAGCGUGGACUCCGCUGUGGACAAGCAGCGACAGGAAGCCAGAAAACGCUUGAUGGCAGCCAAGCGCGCCGCGUCUGUGCGGCAGAACUCGGCGACGGAGAGCGCCGACAGCAUCGAAAUCUAUGUCCCGGAGGCACAGACUCGCCUUUGAGCGGGCCGUCACUCGUCAUCCACGUCUCCACUGACUCCAGCGACUCAAUCCCAGACCGAACUGAUGCAUCGGUUCUAUAUGGGGAUCCGAACAUUGGACAGAGAAAUAACCAUGCAAGAUGUUUCAUAGGAUGAUUAUUGACAUUAUGAUCGUGAUAUUCUCCCCAAAUAUAUCAAGCCCGUCUGAAAUGUGCGAGUACCUUCCAGACAAGGACACGGUGAAGAAUCUUGGUAUCGCAGAAGUUUACCGUCUCUCAACUCUCGGGAGUGGACCGACAAGUUGUGGCUGCCUGGUUUACGACGUGAGCUACCAUCUCCAUACACUCAGGAUACACUUGCAGGCGUACUCACUGACCACAGAGUCUUCCUGUUCUCUAUUUGUAUAUGGCUGCCACUCUUUGGCUGUACGUGUAAAAGUUAUGCGAUGAGGUUUGGAAUGCAGAGAACCAGAGGAAGGCAGUAGCGCAUAUAUAUAUAUAUAUGUAUAUGUAUAUAUAUAUAUAUAUAUAUAUGUAUGUAUAUAUAUAUAUAUAUAUGUAUGUAUGUAUAUAUAUAUGUAUAUGUAUGUAUAUAUAUAUGUAUAUAUAUAUGUAUAUAUGUGUAUAUAUGUAUAUAUAUGUAUAUAUAUGUAUAUAUAUGUAUAUAUAUAUGUGUAUAUAUAUGUAUAUAUAUAUGUAUAACAACACUAUUAAGAUGAGAUGUUCAUUUUGUAAAUGUUGUAUACCUGAUUAUUUGGUAGAACGAGCUGCGUGUUCAGUACCAAGGUAGUUUUUUUUUUUUUUUUUUUAUAUAGAUGAAGUCCAUGUACUGUCAGGAUAUAUUAGCACCCAAAGCAAUGAUUUUUGACUUCACUCCCCCCAUACCUUCUCUCACAAACGCACUCUACACAUUUUGUGUUUGUGAUUAUCGUCAUUUAAGUCUUCACAUUCCUUGGGUUUGUUUCUUAGGUGGUAUUUUUGGGAGCAUUGCUCAGCCAAUGAGCUUUGGGGUAAUGAAUGUAUAGCACGGAUGCAUUUUGCAGCUCAUUCCAACUUGAUCACUGCACUUUCACCUCAGAUCAAGUUUUCCUUGUCUUUAUUUUGUUCGCCCAAUCAUUAUGACUUUAGCUGCAACAUGUGACGUAGGGGGACCAAGCCACCCACCCAUUUGAUAAGUCAUUCCCAUUCAACCAGACAAGUGUGUGGGAGUUUUCAGACCACUGGGAAGGAAAUGGAAAAGCAAUAACAAAAUGGAGUUUCAUCAGUGCAUGCAGUGCAGGACAUGCCCAGUUUUAAGUGCUUUAACUCUUGGCCAUGUGAGGCUUUCUUGGCAUGAAGGAUGAAUGUUUCCUUUCACAUCUUUAUUCACUUGAAUCUCAGGUUGAAAGCUUAAAGUCAGCAGUAAGAACCACUAUGAAUCAAAUGGAAAUUUUUAACAAUCGCAAAUGCGAACCAAGUAAAUUAUAAAAAUGUUUUUAACCGACAAGAUGGUUCAUGCAUAGAUUUUGCAGACAUUUUUUCCUACCACUUUUCACUCCCACCCGUGUUAAGAAUAUGAAUAACUGUGGUUUCCCCUUCCUAGUAUGACACAUCUUAUGACUUCUAGCUCAAACGAGGUGUGUAAUUAUAAUCACUUACGGUGCUGCAAGCGAUUUCCUUUUGUGCCAAGGAAGUAGUGGUCACCAACAUCUGUGUCAUUUGAAUAUGUUUUUAUUUAAUGUACUUCUGAGUCUUAGCAAAGGUUGUUUGCAAAUUUUCCAAUGGUACGCGUGGAAUCUGACACGAAGCCCAUUCGAAGGAUCGAGCCACUAAUCAGAUGUGACUCGCCCCCUACUGGUCAGUCCCCGCGUUACACUUCAAUGUCCACGUCCUGCCCAGUAACAUUGAUUUGUCAAUGUUGGCAAUGCAUCUCAUUCUUGUUGAUUUUAUUUUAUUUUUUAAUUUGUAUUACAUCAACAGCGGACAUGUGCGUUUCAUUGUCCGAAGAAAUCAUUAAACAUCCCUUUGCUACA